CCCGAUGUCCCGAGUCCCGAGUCCCGAGUCCCCGAGAGAGCAAGGAAACGGAAACCCCAUUCUUCCCCCCUCCCCUCCGUACUCCAGAAGUCCAGAUCGAUCCCAAUGGCGUCGUCCACGCUUCGCUGCCUUCCAGGCGACAUCCCGCCGACGACGCUGCUCACCCUACCAGAGGAGAUGCUCGAGGAAAUCCUCCUCUGCCUCUCCGACGCCGCCGACCUCGUCCGCGCCUCCAUGGCCCGCGUCUCCAUCCGCCGCCUCGUCACCAAUCACCGAUUCCUCCGCCGCUUCCGCACUCGCCACCCGCCGCCUCUACUGGGCAUCGUUUCUCCCUAUCCCCUGCACCGGUGGGACCGGCCGCUGCUGAAUCUGGCCCAGCCGCCGCACCCCUCCGCCGCCGCCGCGAGCGCUUUUUCUGGGCUUGACGCCGCCGACUUCUCGUGCACCUUCCUCCCCAACGCCGCGCGCUGGCGGCGCGACUUGCGGGACGGCCGCGUCCUCCUUUCCGGCCUCCCAAAGGAAACCAAAUUCAACAGCCACGCCUUUGUCAGGGACCUGGCUGUCUCUGACCCCCUGUCCCGGCGGUACAUACUGCUACCUCCCAUCCCCGACGACCUAGCCGCCUUGGUGCAGCUGCCGGACUUGGUGCGAUUCGAUCCCUUCCUUGCUCCUCCGGUCGCCGAGGAUGAGGAUGGCAUGUCUUUCAGAGUUAUUUGCUUGGCGCAUUGCACAACCAAGCUGGUCCUCCUCAUCUUCUCUUCAAGUGCUGGACAGUGGCAUCCUGUUACACUUGAAAAUUGGAUCGGUUUGCUCACAGGAUCAGACAACCCGGCUCCAGGCAACCAUCAAGACUUGUACUGGUUGCCGCGAAUGCGCCACUAUGCACACGGAUAUUUCUGUUGGGCAUUUUACGCAAAGGGAUCCAUGUAUCCGGUGAGCAAGUUGCUGAUGCUCGACACACAGAGCAUGGGUUUCUCUGCAGUCGACCUUCCGCCUCUCACCGAUAACACACGGGUUAUCAUUCUGGAGGCAGAGAAUGGAAGGAUUGGGAUGUAUAUGAAUGAGAAUUUGACAGCUGAACUAAGGUAUUAUGUGUUACAAAAUGAUGGAGUUGGUGAAAACCAGUGGCUGCAAAAGGAAACGCUCACUUUAAAUGAUCGCUAUAUGCUCAUUGGCGUAGCGGGGGGAUACUUCUACAAGGGCUUCGACAAGACCAAUAUCCUUUUUUUUUGGUUUCAUUGGAUCUGAAGACUUUGGAGCUUGAGUGGUUCCUUGCAUCAAGGCACACCAACGUGGGUGCUCGUUUGUUUGCCAGUUUCCCACCAUCAUUGUCUCCCCCAACUCUUCGACAUGAUAUCUGAUAUUGAUGCCGCUGGGAGAAGAACCUUGACGUCUGGAGGUAUCGAGCAGCAACUUGCAGCAUUAUGUACCGGAUGGAAUCAUCAGGCUUUCCUUUUGAGACGGACGCAGGCUUGUUUGCGGUGCUGACUGUUGUGCAGCUCGGUGCUUAUUUUCAGAUAUGUCAUGGGAGAAUAGUUGUGAUAAUCUACCAAAAUUGAUUCACAAAUCAAAUAUUACUAGACAAUUUCUAUUUUCUGGAACCUUUGUUCGUGUCAGAUAUGCAAAUGUGACUCGAAGCAGAUUAUGACUUGAGGCAGAGUAAUAUAUACAUUUAUACAAA